CGGACUCCGAAUGUUUCAGGAGAAGGUUGCUUGGAUCACAUGAGAUGUUGAUUGUAGUAUGUUGAUCUGAGGAAUGAUUUACUUCUGAUCGGAUUCACCGACUGUUUCAGAGAGGAGAAAAUAAUUUUUGUAUUGUUUGUAACGGAAUCUGCGUCGUCGAAUAUUUUGACACCUUAUGUAAAUGUGUAGAAAUAAUAACAAGGAGUCAGUAAUCUGGAAAACAUAAGUAUUAUAUUGACAGCAUCAUGUCAGGAAUUGAUCCGCCCCCAGAAAUUCCAAAAUUCUCAGCUGAAAAUCAUGAAUUCAUUAUUCCUAAGAAGGCCAUAAAAAUUCCGGAUGAUAUGAUUGCUUGGCAAAAGUCGGAGGCAUAUUUUGAGUAUCUAGGGUUUUUAUUGGCCCUGAAUGAGUCUGUGCAAGGCAAAUCACUGGAUGUGAAAUGCUCCGAAUCAGUUACAGUUAAUAAAACUGUUAACAUGUUGAAAAUAUUUGACGACUGGAUAAAUUCUAUUCCACCUAUAGAUCAGCCACAGAGAUUUGGAAAUAAAUCUUUUCGUACAUGGCAUGCUAAGCUGUUAGAAGAGAGUAUUGGAGAAUUGAGAAAUGUGAUUCCAAAGGAGCUACAUCGAGCAAUUCCUGAAGUAGUUCAGUACUUGUAUGAGAGCUUUGGUAACCCAACGCGUAUAGAUUAUGGAACUGGUCAUGAAAUGGCUUUUAUAAUGUUUCUUUGCUGCAUGUUCAAAAUAUCAGCAUUUCAACCAGAAGACAAAACAGCUGUGGUAGUUAAAGUCUUCAACAGGUAUCUUCAAUUGGUGCGUAAAUUACAGUUAACAUAUCGUAUGGAACCAGCUGGCAGCCACGGGGUUUGGAGUUUGGAUGAUUAUCAGUUUGUACCUUUUAUUUGGGGUAGCGCUCAAUUAGUUGGUCAUCCCCGUAUAGAACCCCAUCACUUCUUGGACGAGGGUGUGUUAGAGACAUAUGCAAACCAAUUCAUGUUCCUCAGCUCAAUCGAAUUCAUUUGUCAGGUUAAAACAGGACCUUUUGCCGAACAUUCCAAUCAGCUGUGGAAUGUUAGUGCGGUUUCCUCUUGGUCAAAAGUUAAUAGCGGACUUAUAAAGAUGUACAAAGCAGAGAUAUUAGCCAAAUUUCCAGUCGUACAGCAUGUCUUAUUUGGUUCAUUGUUGCCGAUAAGACCAGCGCCUGCAGGGCUCGGCUGCAAACCGAUAGGCCAUCCACCUGUUCCAAGUCGUUCUUCAUCGUCGACUCAUUAAAUUAUAGCACUAUCCUGUCAGUGAACAAUCUAACUAUGUACUUCUGUUUCCCUGUUACGAAAUACAAGAUAUCUAUGUUAUGUAUA